AUGCUCUACAGGACCGGCGGCCAGGGAUCAAUGCGCUAUUUCUUCCUUCAUGGGAGCCACGAGAAAGCUUUAUGCCCAGACCAAGUGGUAGUGGAUGCAAACGUCGCUGUCCUGAGCCAGCAAGGCGAUCCGAUAUUCGGUAGCACUGAUGAGAAUAGCACCUCGCGAUAUCGGUUCAUCAACGGAGUUUGCACGCAUGUCAACGGGCAGGACGAUGUAUCCACUCCCGCAAGCCAAUUUGUCGAAACACUUUUGAAGAAUGUUAGCAUACCCACACUGAUCGUGGCUGAAGUUCCAAUUGAUGAAUCUGAAAUAUCUCCCUAUGUACAAGAUCGUUAUGUAUACAUAGCACUAUUGGUGACCGGAAGAAGUGACCUCGGGCUAUGCCGUGCCGACGACCAUCUCUAUCUACACAAGAUGAUGCGUGUCUUCGUCCCCCAUUUCGUUCAGUCAAUGUCCCGCAAAAGCAGCGAUUACCUACCCGGUGAUGCGAAAAACCUAUGCAGGGAGGUGGCAGAACGGAUGGAUUACUCGGGAAAUACUGAAUUCUCUGAGUUCCUACAACUAUACCACAAGCGAUAUUGCGGCAGGCCCGGGAUGGGACAGAGGGAGAUGCUGGAGUCGUGUCUUCUGCAUAGUCUGAAGAUGCCGUUCGAGUUGACGGCUUCUAUUCGACAGGGCUUGGUACGGCUCUAA